UUGAUUCUUGUCAAUCGUUCGACAUCACGAGUGAAGAAAUCAUGUCAUCCGAACUCCAAAGCCAUGCGGCCUUUGAGGCCACGCUCUUCGGCUUUUUUGUCCGGCAGUUCACAAAACCGAAACCCAUACGGGCAGAUACUAAACUUACGGGCCAAACUGCCAUCGUCACUGGGGCCAACACAGGAAUCGGACUCGCCUCAUGUCGGCAGUUUCUGGGAUUCGGACUGUCCCACCUGAUCAUGGGUGUGCGAUCCCAAGCCAAGGGCGACGAGGCCGCCAACCAAUUGCGCAAGGAGUUCCCGGCCGCCGACAUUUCCGUUUGGAUCAUCGACAUGCAGUCCUACGAUUCGAUUCAAGCGUUUGUGGAGCAGUGCAAAUCCCUCCCACGCAUUGACAUGACCGUCCUCAACGCGGCGCUGAUGAAGUCGACGUACACGACCGUGCCCUCUACGGACCACGAGAUUUCGGUGCAGGUCAAUUACCUCUCGACCGCGCUUCUCUCCAUCCUGCUCCUCCCCGUUCUCCGAUCGAAAAAGGUCCCCGGCGCCGCAAGGCCCCCUGUGCUCAGCAUCGUGGGGUCCGACUUGGCCUACCGGGUGGACAUCCAAACGAAGGGCCCGACGAUGCAGCAGUUCGAUACGCCCGAGGGCUACGAUCAGUUCCUUUGGUACGGCAGAUCUAAGCUGCUGCUCACCUUCUUCGCCGCCAAGCUGGCGGAGCACGUCGAUCCCGAUGAGGUACUUGUCAACAUGGUGAACCCCGGCACCACCAAGGGCACGUCUUUCUUCCGCGAGUUCUCUACUCUGUCCGGGAUGAUGGUGGGCGUCCUUCAGUUUCUCUUUGCCAGAGGAGUAGAUGUCGGUGCUACUACGUAUCUCGACGCGGCGGUCGCUCGCGGGAAAGGAAGCCACGGGAGCUUCGUCAGUGACUGGACUCUCAAGCCAUACCCGUUGGUUUGGUACACAGAGGAAGGCAGGGAGUUUGACGAAAAGUUGUGGGAAGAGACGAUGGAGGAACUGAACUUUGCUGGGGCUUCCAAGAUUGUAGCGGAUAUGACCAGACGUUGAUGGUCAAUACUACAGGCUAACUGCCCGACAUGGUUUCAACUUUGAUGGAAUGGCUGCUUUCCGAUUUCUGUAUUUGUGCCGCCAGGCUAUCAAGCACACUAGAGAGUCUACACGUUGAUUUCAUGUUUGAUUUCAAGCGAAC